AUGUCAUCCAGGCCUUCAUAUGUUGUUUUUCAAGGUUCUCAGAAUUUUCGACUGAGAAUAAUGUUAGCCACUUUGUCUGGUAAAGCGGUCAAGAUAGAGAAGAUUCGUUCAAAUGAUUUGAAUCCAGGUCUCAAGGAUUAUGAAGUUUCAUUCUUAAGAUUGAUGGAAUCUGUCACUAAUGGAAGUGCUAUAGAGAUAUCAUAUACCGGUACGACGGUUAUUUACAGACCGGGUAUUAUCGUAGGUGGAUCCGUUACGCAUAACUGCCCCAUGAGCAAACCUGUUGGAUAUUUUGUGGAACCAAUGCUAUAUCUAGCACCAUUUUCUAAAAGGAAAUUUUCAAUUGUCUUUCGUGGAUGUACUGCAUCUCAUUAUGAUGCUGGUAUUGAGGUUAUUAAAUGGGGGUUAUUACCAGUCCUAGAGAGAUUUGGUGUCAGAGAAUGUGCACUACAUACUUUAAAAAGAGGUUCCCCACCUCAAGGUGGUGGUGAAGUUCAUCUAAUUGUGGAUUCUUUAAUACCACAACCUAUUACAAUGCAUAAUUUGGAUAGAAUUACGAUAGCUUCCAUUAGAGGAGUGGCUUAUUCGACAAGAGUAAGUCCUUCAAUGGUUAAUAGAAUGAUUGAUGCAGCAAGAAAGGUAUUGAAACCUGUAAAUUGUGAGGUAAACAUAUCAGCUGACGUUUGGAGAGGUGAAAAUUCAGGUAAGAGCCCAGGAUGGGGUAUAACACUUGUAGCCGCCACCAAAAAAGGUUGGUGUGUAUUUGCGGAAGAUAUUGGUGAUGCCGGUGAUGUUCCAGAAGAUAUUGGUACAAAAGUUGCAUAUCAAUUGUUAGAAGAAAUUUCCAUCAGUGGCGCUGUAGGUCGUAAUCAGUUACCGCUAGCUAUCGUUUACAUGAUUAUUGGUAAGGAGGACAUUGGUAGACUGAGGAUUACGAGAGAUCAAAUCGAUGAAAAAUUUAUACAUCUACUAAGAGAUAUCAAAAGUAUCUUCGGCAGUGAAAUAUAUUUAAAACCUGUGGAUGAUGAUGACACUGGUGAUCUGAUAGCUAUGGUGAAGGGUGUAGGGUUCACCAACACCAGUAAAAAAAUUGCUUAG